GAAGCUAGUACCUCAAUUGACGGAAAAGAAGGAAAAACCGCAUAAUCGCGUUGUGCAAACCUAGUCAUUCGCCAUGGCCGCCAAAUCUGUGGAGGGAAACAAGGGCAAAAAGCCCGCUUCCGCGGCCGUGAACUUGAUCGCUGGUGGUGGUGCCGGUAUGAUGGAGGCUCUCGUCUGCCAUCCUCUUGAUACCAUCAAGGUCCGAAUGCAGCUCUCGCGACGGGCUAGAGCCCCCGGAGCAAAACCUCGUGGAUUUAUCACCACCGGUGUCGAGAUCGUGAAAAAGGAGACUGCCCUGGGAUUGUACAAGGGUCUGGGAGCUGUUCUGGGCGGUAUCAUCCCGAAGAUGGCUAUUCGUUUCACCUCCUAUGAGUGGUACAAGCAGAUGCUCGCGGAUAAGGAGACUGGUGCAGUUACCAGCAAGGCCACCUUCCUCGCUGGUCUUGCUGCUGGUGUGACCGAAGCCGUCGCGGUGGUAAACCCUAUGGAAGUCAUUAAGAUUCGUUUACAAGCGCAGCAUCACAGUUUGGCGGACCCUCUGGAUACCCCCAAGUACCGCAGUGCGCCCCAUGCACUAUUCACCGUGAUCCGGGAAGAAGGAUUCAGCACUUUAUACCGCGGUGUCUCCCUGACAGCUCUUCGCCAGGGUACCAACCAAGCUGCCAACUUCACCGCAUACACCGAGUUGAAGGCCUUCCUUCAAAGUGUCCAGCCCGAGUACAGCAACUCACAGCUUCCCUCAUAUCAGACAACGUUCAUCGGAUUGAUCUCCGGUGCCGUCGGUCCCUUCUCAAACGCCCCCAUUGACACCAUCAAGACCAGACUCCAGAAGACCCGCGCUGAACCUGGUCAGUCCGCCGUCAGCAGAAUCAUGGUCAUUGCCAAGGACAUGUUCAAGCAGGAGGGUGCGCGCGCUUUCUACAAGGGUAUCACUCCUCGUGUGAUGAGAGUUGCUCCUGGUCAGGCUGUGACUUUCACGGUAUACGAGUUCCUCAAGGGCAAACUCGAAGAGUCAAACUGGGCCUUCGUGGGUGGCAAAUAUGAGGAAUAAGUACGGUUGUUUUCAAUCGACGUUGAGCGAGAACGGCCGCUGCGUGUUUUCGAAAUUUGAUACCAUGAGCAUCGUGGCGUUUUCGAUUGCAUUGCGAUCUCACUGCAUUAUUUUUCUGGGUUAUCACUUCGAAUUGAUGAUGGCAUGCGCACUCUGGGCUUGGUUAUGGGUGAAGCCUGUCGCAAUUGAAAACAGCACAUUUGACUUGUAUAUAACUUUCUUUUCUUUGUCUUUUGUCUCACCAUCUGUUAGUAUACCAAUUUCUUUGACAUCUUGAAUAUAGAAUCAAAAAUCUGAAAGAUAACAG